AUGGCUGAACGACCGCGAUUCGACGUGCCAGACAGCAAAGCCGCCAAAGUCAGCAUCAUCGACUCCAGCUUGAGACUGUCGGGCAUGCCACUCACUCAUCUCAUGAAACCGGCGAUGGAAGGACUCGAUGCGAUGCCAACACUGACAACAUGGUCGUUCCUAGUUGAAAGUUCUUCAGGGAAGAAAGCACUCUUUGAUCUGGGCGUUCCGAAGGAGCCGUUGAAGAAUUUCUCGCCAAAGGAUGCUGAUACGAUAAGAAGAAACUCGAACUGGGACGUGCAUGUUUCGAAGAAUGUUGCAGAUAUUCUUGCUGAGAACAACGUACAGCCGUCGGAGAUUGACAGUGUGAUAUGGAGGGGCAGAGCGCUGAGAGAGAUUGACUUUGAACACCAACCCCUUCAGAUCGGCCCAUUUCGUGCCUUUGACUUCUUCGGCGAUGGUUCAUUCUAUCUUCUUGAUACACCAGGCCAUGACAUUGGUCAUCUGGCAGGUCUUGCUCGUACAACUACCAGCCCUGAUACCUUCAUCUUCAUGGGAGGCGAUCUAUGCCACCAUGGAGGCGAGUUACGUCCAUCGAAGUACCUACCAUACCCAUCAAAUCUCUCAGAGCAUCUAUCACUCUCAGAUUCACUCCGUCUCCAUCUGUCCCAAUGCCCCGGUAGUGCUUUCGGCGACAUGAAUGUCGAGCGUGGACGGGCCGCUGGUGAGACAUUCUUUGACCCAGCAAUUGGGUGUGAUAAGGAACUAGCGAUAAAGACGAUUAAAGAGGCUCAGAAAGCAGAUGCACAAGACAAUGUCUUCUUUGUGUUUGCCCAUGAUACAACUAUGUUUGGUGUUAUCGAUAUGUUCCCUAAGCAAGCGAAUGAUUGGAAGAAAAAGGGUUGGAAGGAGAAGACGUUCUGGAAGUUUUUGAACGAUUUUGCAGCUGCGCUGAAGCCUUAG